ACCAGCCAUCUGCUUUGUUUACCUCCCUAGCUGCUUGCCUUACAGAGAUAAAUCAAAAGUUUGGAACAUUUUCCAAGUCUUUUACAUCUAAUAUUCGCUCUGUAGAGGCGGGUUUCAGAAUCUGCUCUCAAACUAAAUCCAAGUUGACAAGCUAAAUGGCAACACCUCCCUGGACCUGCUGACAGAGCGAAUCUCACUUCCUCUCCUCUCCAGGGCGAGUAGACUUAAUGCAACUGCAGCAGACAUCAUGCGGUGAUCAUCUGCAGAAGUACAGCACAGCGAGGGUUUUACACUGGAGCUGCAUGAUGGCUGGAGGCAGGAGUUUGGACACAAUCGCUGCUACCUGUGUCAUAACUUUGUGUUUGACUUGUUUGCACGUGACCUCAUUAAAGUCACAACUUUUCACCAGACUUGGAGGGCAGCGCAGCACCACGGAGCCCCCAAUCAGCUAUAAAACAUUAUACUUCGCUCAAAAGAUUGAUCACUUUGGAUUCCUCCAAGAUGGCACCUUUAAGCAGAGAUACCUUGUGGCUGACAAACACUGGCACCAGCCAGAUGGACCUAUCUUAUUUUACACCGGAAAUGAAGGCGAUAUCACCUGGUUCUGCAACAACACUGGCUUUAUGUGGGAAGUUGCUGAACAGUUGGGCGCCAUGCUUGUUUUUGCUGAACAUCGCUACUAUGGAGAGUCCUUGCCAUUUGGACAAGCUUCUUAUAGUGACAGCAAACACCUGAAUUACCUGACAUCAGAGCAGGCCCUUGCAGAUUUUGCUGUGCUGAUUGAGAACCUAAAAAGUACUAUACCCGGUGCACGAAACAGCCCUGUCAUCGCCAUCGGAGGUUCCUAUGGAGGGAUGCUCUCCGCCUGGUUCAGGAUGAAAUAUCCUAAUGUUGUUAUUGGGGCUUUGGCAGCGUCUGCACCAAUAUGGCAGUUUCCUGACAUGGUGCCAUGUGGAGAUUUCUAUAAAGUAGUAACGCAGGACUUUGCCAAAAGUGGCGAUAACUGUGAUGCAAACAUCAGAAGAUCAUGGAAGGCUAUAAAUAAUCUCUCCUCUUCAGCAUCUGGUCUUCAAUGGCUGUCAGAAGAGUUCAGUUUAUGCACUCCUCUAAAAAACAACAACGAUGCUGUUAGCUUUAAAAGCUGGCUUCAAGAGACCUGGGUGAAUCUGGCCAUGGUGGACUAUCCGUACGAAGCCAAUUUCCUUCAGCCCCUGCCUGCCUGGCCAAUCCAGGUGGUGUGCAAGUAUCUCAAUUUCAAUUCCACCGUAUCAGACUACCAGCUGUUACAAGGUGUUGCCCAAGCAGCAAAGGUCUACUACAACUACACUGGAAACUCUCCUUGCCUGAAUACAUCUCAGACGGCAACCGGCAGCCUCGGUGCCCUCGGCUGGUUCUUCCAGGCUUGCACAGAGAUGGUGAUGCCAAUGUGCACAGAUGGAGUCCAGGACAUGUUUGAACCAGAGGAGUGGAACUUCCAGGCCUUCUCUGAUGAGUGUAACUCCGUCUUCGGUGUCAGGCCUCGCGCCGAUUGGGCUGGCACGGUGUAUGGGGGAAAAAAGAUUGGUUCCCAUAGCAACAUUAUCUUCAGUAACGGAGGACUUGAUCCAUGGUCAGCUGGUGGAGUGACAUCCAACAUAACACAGUCUCUGGUUUCCAUUCUGAUUCCUGAUGGCGCUCACCAUUUGGACCUCCGCUACAGCAACAAACUCGAUCCACCUUCGGUCCGAGAUGCAAGAGCUUUAGAGCUCAAGUACUUUCAGAAGUGGAUCAGGCAAGCUCAGAAAUCAACUGGAACUAGACCGUCCAUUUCCAAAAACUGGAAAAUGUUUACAUAAGAUCUUUACUGGUGUGAACUGUAAUAUUUAACGUCAACCGGGGCGACAUGGAGAUUCGUAAGGUGCUAUCUAAUAAAAUGAUGCCAAAGUUUUGCCUUUUUCUGAAUCUUUUUCUGUUUUUUGGAAAUGUCAUUUUGUUUGCUAUUUUUUAUCUAGUUAGAAACACUCCAUUUUAAAUGGGUAAAAUGUUUUGCUUUUCAUUUUUGCAAAGAUGCUACAAUAAAUAUACUUCUCAUUCAGUUACUCAAACUCUCAUUAUAAUGACUUGGCAAAUAUUGGCACAUUUUUGUGUGUAUGAAUUAAUUUUAAGUAAAAUCAAUUAUGGCUUUUCUGCCCACAUGAUAUUUUUCUUUUUUGCAAAUCAGGACUUUGGAAAUGAUCU